UAGAUACUUGUUUAAGGAAAAUUUUAACUUAAAAAGUGCAAUGUAAACAUAUAAAAAUGUUAUUUUUAAAUUACAAUACAAUAAUUAAAACUGUAAAACAAGAAAAGUGAAUGCAUUUAUAUCCUAAAAAGCUACAUUUAUAUAUGCUACAGUGUUUUAUAAAAGACAAAUCAAAUAUAAUAUGAGUACUCCGCCUACAUAUAAGUAUUUGAAAUGUCUAUACUAUUUCAUUGAAUGAAUCGAUAAAGGAUAUGUUCGUAAAGAAUUUUGUGUGUAAACAUAUUUUCAUAAACUAAAUUAAAAUAUAACUAAGCUUAGUUAUUUCUAUAAAAUUAAGAAGUCAAUGAUAAUUAAAAUGAAUUCAUUACUAAUUCGGGUUAUUCUUCAACUUGCUAUUCCGUAUUUAUACAAUUGCGUAGAAGUUCAUUUCGAAUCAGCUGAUAGUGGAUUUUUUCUGAAACACUCGCGGCAGGCUCCACUAACGCCUGAUAUAUCAACAACACAUUCUUCGCUUCUACCACCACUGAAAUCACGAACAGCUUAUGAUUCAGUGUUGUCUGUGGAUCGUUUUACCGUCGUUCAAACAACACAAGCUGUGUCUAUAAGAGCAAGUUAUGGCCCCUUUUCUACAAAACAAACUGUACCAGCUCGAUAUAUUGUCCCAGAUAUUAUUGAAAAUCAACCCGAUUACUUAAAUAACACAACUGCAGCUUUAAUUGAACUACAGCAGUCAAAUCUUCACUUGGACAUAUCAGCACAUUUAGUUAGUACUGUUGUAUCACAAGACUCUCCAGUAUUGCGUGUUCUUUUUCAUGCUGGUGCUGAUCCUGGUGGACAUUUACAACGACAAAAGAUAUGUGUGUUAUUACACGUUUCUAGUAAUAAUCAUUUACCGAUUAAAGGCAGAUGUAUGCCAGAGGGAGAAGAUGGAGUUUGCGUUGCUGAGGUUGUUAUACCAUUUAAUUGGUUUCACACGCUACCACCACCUCGUAAAGAACAUUCGAAUACUACUCCUAGCAAAGUCCCACAACGUCUUGUACAAGUUUCGUACAGCGUGUUUGAGCCUCCGAUAAGAAAUCCAGAGUUAUGCGAACCAAAAGUGCAAAUACAGCCUUUAACCAGUUUCGCACAGGUUCCACUUGUAACGCCUUUAGAACCAUUUAAAGAGUUUAAUGUUGAUGAUUCUCUUAUUAUUCUUUUGCCACAACAACCAUUGUAUCCAUUGUCUAAAUUUCAUGUGCCCGUUUUUUUGCAACAAAAUCUAGAUAAAAAUAUUUCUUCAUUUACCGUAAAAGCUCGUAUAAAAUCAGGAAUUAAAAUAAUAGGAGCAACUGCUUCCUCAGACUUGUGGAACAUUUCAAUAGAAAGAGAUAACACAAAACAUUCUACUGUACGUGUCACAGCGAUAAAAAAGAAAUUUGAAAAUAAUACUUCGACAACAAUAAACGACAGAAGAGUUAAUGAAAUAUUUACUUGUUUGCUGGAGGUUGCUGAUGAUACAAAAGAUUUAAUAGAAGGUGGCAAAAUUGUUUGGUCAGUUACUUACAUAUAUGACAAUCCAAAGGAUGCAUUAGGCGAUCUUUCGCCGGAAGAUAAUAAAAAAAGAAUAAUUGUUAAACUUGAAGUUAAUAAAGAUGACACACAAGCAGUACUGCCAAUGGCAAAGAACUGGGAAUUGAUGAAUACUGCAGUGCUAACAGGACGACAGGUCGCCCAAGCAAUGAAGGUUUUCAUCGUAUCACAGGGAGGAAAAGUGGCUGAUGUUACUUUACAAAGUUCAUGUUUUGCUGAAGAUGAAAGUGUUAUUAAGGUCUCUUCGUCUUGUAGUUCAGUAUACGUUGAUGGCUCUGAAAUACGUGGUUCAUCAAAUGCUUCAAUAAUAGUAAAAUACGGAACAUAUAUUGGACUUGCAAAAUUUAUAGUUUGGAUGCCAGAAUUUCCACUUGAAGUAUUUGUUAGUGACUAUAGAUUAUCUCAAAUAAAAGGAUGGAAAGUUGUUGAUGAGCAUCAUUAUAUGCAUAAAAAAUCUCGUCGAAAAAAAAGAUCGUUCAUUAAUGGUCAACACAAUACUGGUAUUUAUAAUAAUGUUUUACUGGAUAAAAUAAUGUGCAGAGCAAGAUAUCAACAAAGUCCUGUGGAAGUGUAUGCCAAAUUUGUCGCCAUUGAUCAGAACUCCGGUCGUAUCAGCUAUUUUAUAUCAAGAAAAACGGGAUUACGUGUAACUGAUUUGGUGCAACCAUUACUACGUGUCGCAGACCCUAAAAUUGCUAGUUUAAAAGGCCGAAUUUUGCAAGGGAAAUCCAUGGGACGAACAGAUGUUCAAGUUUUGUCACCAAUCACUGGACGAGUAAUUGGAGCUAAAGAAAUAAGAGUCGGUAGUGAUAAAGUAAGCUUAGUAAAACUAAUUGUACGCGUUGUGUCUGGACUGCAAUUAACAAUAACUCCAGAUAAUACCAUAGAAAAUGGAUACAUUGCAGAAACCGCAGUGACGCAUAAACUUACAGCUCAAUAUCAAGAAGGACUGUUAGAUAUAGAUCUAGAAUUUUCCGACGGUUCCAAAACUCCGUUAAGGGACAUUUCGGUGGAGGACUACUUCCUUUUGGUUGAAAGUUUAGACACAGAAGUUGUCGCAUUUGCCCCAAUGCUUGCAUCACAUCACCCACGCGUUAUUGCGGUUGGAGAGGGAAAUGGAAAUUUGCUAAGGGUGACGUUACUCUUAUCAGAAGACUGUAGAGUGCGACGCAAUCUUGCGUCUACAAAGCAAUCAAAAUACAACACAUCACCAUUGGCAAGUGCUUUAGCUGCAGUUGAAGUUGACUUCAACAACGCUAAUGACAUUGUGAGUAAACACGAAGUUGUGCAGAAUGAUGGAAUAUAUCGAAGGGAGAAAACUAAAUUUUCAAAUAGUAAAGGAGAUUUAUCGGAUAUUAUAGGGGUACCGUUGCGCGACUCGAGUCAUAAUGAACCCACAGUUCAGGCAAGACAACAUAGGGGAAAUAAUCACUCCUUUAAUAAACUACAUUAUGGAACAAAACGUCCUACAAAAAACAUGUCUUCAAUUGAAGUUGGCAUGUACGUCUUGUUAACAGCAUUUUGCUUUGCAAUUGUUGUUUUCGUAAUAUCAUGUGUUGUUUAUGCAUCAAAGUUUAAACCAUCUCACAUAGAAUGUGGUUUAGAUUCCUCCGAUAUCACAAAAAAGCCCUUAAGCAGUGAUUUAUUAAUUCGUGAUUCAAAAUUUCUCAAAGAGCCUACCACAAAUGCGCACGAUUGGGUCUGGCUAGGACGAUCAACCAUGGAUAGGAGUUCGAUGUUAACAUUUUCAUCUCAAGACCAAAAUAUUAAUGCUAGAGGUAUAACGUCGCUGCAUCUAAAUAAAGUGCUAUGUUUUUGCACAAAUAAAGCAUUGAUAAUGCCAAUAAAAAUAUGCUCACAUGCACUUCUAAAUGACAUAAAUGUAAUAUCUAGCGAGGACUCCCACAAUUUUGUAAAACCUGAACAAGGACAAUCUUAUCCAAAAAUCAGCAGAGUUAAAAGAGCGACCGUUGUUGGAAACCCAAUGUUUUCUUCUAAUGUAGAUGGACUUGUUAAUGACACAGAAAGUUUAAGUUUAGAUGAUCUAGAUAUGGAUUAUGAACAAAUUAUGCAUUAUUUUGAUAACUUAAAGGAAUCAAAUGCCUGAGUGCUGAACAUUAUUAUUACAAUUCAACAAAUUUUACAUAAUUUCCAUCAGCAAUAUAAAAUAUGUACCGAAGCUAGUCUAAAUCUCCAAUAACCCACAACAACAAAAUGGGCGCUUAAUGAAAUGUUAUAUUAUGAAUUCAUUAAAACUCAUUAAUGUUACAUUUAAAAACAAUUCGUAUACAUAAAUACAUACAUAUAUUACCCAUAUAUACAUAAAUUGUAAAGCAUAAUUCAUUUGUUAAUACAUAAGAUAGUUUGUGUGAUGUCUAUAGUAUAACCAAAGAAAAAGUCUAUUAUGCAUUAAACACCAUUAAAUGUUAAAAAAUAUAUUUUCCAAACCUGAUACUACAAAUGGGACUUACUAUAUCCAUUCUUAGAUUAUAAUAAAAUUUACCACAUACCAUAUUUCGUAUUAAAAAUUUUUAUCAAAUCAGUGACUUUUAGAUGGCAAACCCAUUAUGAUUCAAAACUAUCCCGCAUUAAAAACAUAAUAAGAUUUUUUUUAAUUGUUUAUACACUAAGUUUUGAUUUAAUUUUGAAGUCUAAGUUUGAAUUUAUUUAAUCAAUGAAAUCAAAAAUAUUGUUGGAUAUUAAGUAGUUUAAAAGUUAAGGCCAAUUAUGAGUACUUAUGAAUACAUUUUUAGAAAAUUGUUACAUCAAAUCGCAAUAUUUUUAGACCGAAAUAAGUUUGCAUUAAAAGUAUCAUUGAUAUUAUGUAUAUAAUAUGUGGCAAAUUUCAUUAAUAACGGCGAUGGUAAAUCGAACACUCAUAAAGCUUCUAAUCAUUUAAUAAAAGGGUCAUAACUUUGAACAAAGUACACCAAACUUGGAAUAUUUUCUGUUUGAUAUUUAAGGUAUUUUCAGACUACAAUACUGAGUAUUAAUACAUUUCAAAUUUAAAAUAUUAUAGAAUUUGGUCAGUAUGUCAAAAAAUCUGUAAGAAAAAUAUAUAAAUGUUUCAAAUUAUCAAUUUUUACCUUUAUAAAUUCAAUGAUAUUCUUGAUUUUUCUUUUAUUUUUAAUUUAUUUUAUGUUUCUGUUUAUUUUUUCAGAAGAAAGUUGUUUCUAACGUCUCUUUUUUAAAAUACAACUUUGAAACAUAUGAAAAAUCAGAAAUUUUUAAAAUUUUUCAAAAACUUAAAAAUACGGUCGGUUGUCAUAAAAAUCAGAAUUAUUUAUUGCCAUAAUCAAUCAAAUUGUAUUUAUACUACAUGAUUUUUUGACAAGUAUUAAUAUUCACUAUUGUAGUCUGAAAAUACCAUUACCAAAAAAUUAUUUUAAAUGCGAUUAAAAAAGAUAUUAAUCUAUUUUUAAAUUGAAAGAAAAAAACCUUUUUAGCUGUUAGUGGAAAAUCUAAAGAUUUUCUAAAAUUUUUUAAAUAUCAAUAUAUUUUGCAUAAAAUAAAUUCUUUUUAAUAUCAUGGCUGCUGAAAAAAACAAUUGGAAGAAUUUGCAUAGUAUUUCCAAAUACAAUUUGAAAAUUACAAAAUGAAAUUUACACUAACUUUUGGAUAAUGGAACAGACAAAAAUGUUCAGCUCUAUCGGUAAAGAACUGCCGAACUAAGAGGGGGCCAACGUUGGAAAUUUUGUUCAUACAGCUUCAUAUUUUUUAAUAAUUUAUGUUUUAUAUUUUUUUAAAUGGGGUUUAAAGUCCCAUAAUGGGAUGCGAGUGGGAUAAGCUUUUUCAAUAUUUGGCAGUUAAUUUUCCCCUAUUUUGUAUGGGUUUUACACAUAGAUGGGCACAUUGCAGUACCAGUAAAAAUAUUCAGUAUUCAGCGAAGUUUUACUGAUUACUGAAAAUUUUUUCAGUAUUCAGUAAGUUUUUACUGGUUACUGAAAAAAUUUUCAGUAUUCAGUAAAUUUUACUGAUUACUGCAAAAUAUAGCAAUAAAUUUACUGGUUACUGCAAAAAACUGCAGUAUUUUACUGAUUACUGAAAAUGUGUUUACAGUAUUCCGUACAAUCUAAUAAUUUACUGAUAAUUCUAUUUUCAACAUAUUUUUGAAUAUUAUCAUCAUUUAUCAUAACAAGUAGCUUAAUGAGAUGAAUUUUACUUUUUGGGAUUAUAAAUCUUUUCAGAAGAAAUGAAUAUAAGAGGUCAAAUAUUAUACAAUUUUGUCGGGCAAUAAAAAGUUAUUGGAAGCAUUUAUUACAUUUUUUAAUAUUAGAUUAUUAAGACAAAUAUAGUAAGAAAGAUCAAUAUGAUAAUAGUUGUAUGAGAAUUUUAAUAUUUAUAUUAAUUAUAUUAUAUUAUUAAUAUUUAUAUUUAAUAUAACAUUUUUUACUAAUAAUUCAGUAAAAUUUUACUGAAUACUGAAAAUUUUUUCAGUAACCAGUAGAGAUAUACUGAAUAAUGAAAUUUUUUCAGUAUGUGUAAAACCCAUGUAUGGUUUUACGAGUUUCCUACAAGUAAAUAACGUAAACUUUUUAACGCAAGAGAAGAAGUGAUAAAAAGAAAGAAAAUGUUGUACUUUUUUAUAGCCAAUGUUGAAAAUCAACUUACAACUUGCCAAAUUAUAGUGCAAUGGUGCAAAAUUGUAAUAAUGGGCCUUAAUCAUUUUACUAGAUACUACGUUUUUUAAGUUAUGACCCUGUAGCUGGAAAUGAACAUUAUAAUUUAAAUUGAAUUAAGUUUAGCUUCACGCUUAUCUUUUUAUUAUUAGAUCAAGUUUUCAUCAGCAUUUAACUGAUAGAAAAUUUGAGAUCAAUCAUCUUUUUAUUUAUUGAUCAUCUUUAAAACUUUUUAUCGCAGCUGAAAUGUAGAAUAUCUUCUUUUUUCCAAGCUCUUUAUAUUUUUUUUAUAAUGUCCGUAAAAAAGAAAAUCACCUAAAAAUGACAUAUACCUUUAUAAGGUCUAAUUUAAAUGCAAUUAUAUAUAUUUUUUAAAAUAGAGAAAUUUGUUAUUAAAAAUAGAACCAAAAAAUCGAUAACUUGUUAAAACACAGCUUUACCAAAAGUUUACACAAUUCUACAAAUUUUCGUUUCAAUGUCAUAAUUACUAAGUUCAUACUUUCUAUAUUAUUAUUAGUAUUAUUAUUAAUCCUGUUUUACUCAUUCUAUUGUAUUUUUAUUGAAUUUAAUACUUGUUAUUGAAAAAAAUUUGCGACAUCACACAAUAAAUGUAUCAAGAAGCUAAUUUUAAUAAUGAUCAUAACAUAAAUAGUUGUAAUAGUUUAUUGCUUUAGAGCUUAUGAAAGUAAUUAUAAGAUAUAAGAUAUUAAAUAUGGUUAUGUUUAUUUCAUUCCGUUCAAUUGUUUAAA